AUGGUUAAGCGAAAGCUAGCCGCGCUGGAGAAGGUUGAGGCAGAUUUGCCCAAUCUUCAGCAGAAAAUUCGACGAGACUCAAAGUCUUAUGUCGAAGAUUUUCGAGCACAAUACUAUCAAUAUGAGAACCACCGUGAAAUUUUCAUGGCAACGCCGACUUCCACGGAAGCAGGAAUUAUAUCCUUGCGCGAUUUGAUAGAUUUUAUUUCGCACGUCGCGGAUUGUUAUCCCGAUAUAACAAAGGAUUUUCCGCAACAAUUAAUUGAUAUGCUUAUGCAACAUCAUGUGGACCUGGAGCCGGAACUGCGCGAGAAGAUCGUUGGAAGCCUGGUGCUUCUGAGGAAGAAGGAUAUUAUUGAUUCGGUAACACUCCUGCAUACAUUGUUUCCCAUUCUGGUCUCAACGCCUAGUAAAACCCUACGCCAGUUGCUUUUUCAGAAAAUCCUUUCUGAUCUGCGAACUUCAAACUCCAAAUCAUCGAAUCAUAAGCUAAAUCGAGCCAUGCAAACGGUCUUAUUUAACCUUGUGACGUCGGAUCGUACGUCCCCCAAAGCUUCAUGGGCAGUGAAAAUCACUAGAGAGCUAUGGAGAAGGCAGAUCUGGACCGACGCAAAGACAGUUGAGGUUAUGAAGGAAGCCUGCUUAGCUGAUAAUGAGAAGGUUGUUGUCGGCGGUGUUCGAUUCUUCCUCGGUGGUGACAAGGAGAGAGAAGAGAUGGAGGAUGAGAGUAGUGACGAUGAUGGCGUGGAUGUAGCCAAGUUAAAACAUCAAGUUGGCAUCAACAAGAAAACGAAGAAGAAAGCACGCCAAAUUGAAAAGGCUAUUACAAUGGUUAAAAAGAAGGAACGCAAGAAGAAAGCGCCUCAUCCGCUCAACUUCUCUGCAUUACAUCUCUUGCAUGAUUCUCAAGGCUUCGCAGAAGAGCUCUUCGCAAAGCAUUUGCAGAGCAGCAAGUCGAAGCUGAACCUCGAGCAAAAGCUUUUGGUUCUGCAAUUGGUAUCACGUUUGAUUGGUCUACAUAAACUUACACUCGUUCACUUUUACUCUUAUUUUCAAAAAUAUCUCACCCCUCGACAGCCCUCGGUUACGUCAUUCCUUGCAUCGCUUGCUCAGGCAACACACAAUCUUGUGCCACCCGACGAGCUCGAGCCUUUGAUCCAGAAAAUUGCAAACGAGUUUGUCUCCGAGGCUUCCGCUGCAGAGGUCGCUUCGGCAGGUCUGAAUGCUAUCCGUGAAAUCUGUGUCAGACAGCCUCUGGCUAUGAACGAAACUUUACUUCAGGAUUUGGUUUUGUACAAGAAGAGUAAGAACAAAGGUGUUAUGAUGGCAGCAAAGGGUCUACUGGGUCUAUACCGGGAUGUCGGCGCGGAGAUGUUGAAGAGACGUGACCGUGGUAAGGAAGCAUCCAUGGCUCUAAGCGCGGGAGAGAGGAAAGAGAUCCGAUUCGGCGAAGAAGCCGUUGGAGGAAUUGAGGGUCUCGAGCUGCUUGAGAAAUGGAAGGAAGAGGAAAGAAGGAAAAAGCGAAUUGAACAGGGUCUUCCAUCCGACGGCGAAGAUGAGGAAGAUCUUGAAGCAGAUGAAGCAGCCGGCUGGGCUAAUUGGGACGUUGAAGAUGACGACAGCGAUGACUCUGGCGGAUGGAUAAAUGUCGAGAGCGACGCUGAGAUUGAGCUCAGUGAUUCGGACGACGAUACACCUCCCUCCAAAAGGGCGAAGCAAGGUACCGAGGAGAAGGAGAACAAACCAGAAGAAACCGAGGCGGACAAGCAAUGGAGCAAACUUGCUACUAGUCGAAUCUUGACACCGGCUGAUCUUGCAAAAUUGGCUGAGCUCCGUUCUCAAGCAGCCGUCGAUUCUUUGCUCAAUGCGCGAUCCAAACGUGCACAAAAAGUACAGGAGGCCAUCAACCGACAUAUUGACGAGCCUCUUACAGCCGCAGAGAUUGAGGGACUUGCCAUGCUUUCCAAGGGAAAAGCUACACGUGAAGAAAAGAUUGCUCACGCCAAGGAAUCGAAGACUGAUCGAGACGAGUUCAAGAGCAAGACUGCUCGUAAGAAGGAAAGAAAAGUAGCGGAUGGAAAGAGUACAACGAACAAGGAGAAGGCCCGCAAGAAGAAUUUUUUGAUGACACUAGGCAAGGCUAGAAGCAAGAAUAAGCGCAGUUUGGUGGAAACAAGAGCAGUGCUGAAAGCUCAUCAUGAUCGAAAGAAGAGAGGUGGACGAAGAGGAAAUACUGGUUAA